GAAGGUUUCAAAACUUUCAAUGGCUGGUAAUGGCAUUUCUAACGCUGGUAAUCUUACUUGCAAAUUAAAGGUGCUCAAAGAAAAAAUUGAGAAUGAGUUGGAUGGUGUAAUGAAGUUUUGGUUGGAAAAUUCUCAUGAUGCUUCUCAUGGGGGAUUUCACAAUUGUUUGGAUAAAAAUGGACAGGUUUAUGAUACAACAAAAUACGGAUGGUUACAAGGUCGACAGGUUUGGAUGUAUUGCAAGUUGUACAAUACAACACAAAAAUAUCACACGGAAGAGAUUCUGGCUGCAGCAAGAAAAGGUGGGGAUUUUCUUCAAUCCUACUUCAAAAGGCCUGAGGACAACAAGUGUUAUUUUGCAACUACUUGUGAUGGAAAACCAAUAAAAAUGCAGCGAACGAUCUUCUGUGAGUGUUUCUACAUCAUGGCAAUGACUGGACUCUACCAGGCAACCAAUGAAAGUAAAUACAAGGAUGAAGCCAUCUCUGUCCUGUCUUCUGUUCUUCAUUGGAUUCAUGUGGAUGACAGCAGCCUUGGAAGACCUAAGUUGACUGGGUCACCUCCAGUGAAUAAAAUGAGCAUUCCUAUGAUGGUCAUCUGUGUUUUAAAUGAGGUCUGUGAUGACAAGGAAAUGGCAUCACAGUAUGAAGGGGAACUGCAAUGGGCGGUUAAUGAAAUCUUAAAACAUGUCCAGAGAAACGGGACUGUUAUCUUAGAAAAUGUUGAUGUGGACGGUCACGAGAUUCCAGGAUGCGAAGGGCGUCUCAUCAACCCAGGCCAUGCCAUAGAGGCGGGCUGGUUUCUUUUGAACCACGCCCAAGCUUGUGGCGAUGAUGACCUAAAACGCACUGCGAUAGAAAAAUUCAUAGAAUUACCCUUCGCGAUAGGUUGGGAUUUUGAGAAUUCAGGAUUGUAUUACUUUUUGGACGCUGAUGGUUUUUCACCAACGCAACUGGAGUGGAAUAUGAAAUUGUGGUGGCCGCAUUGCGAAGCUCUGAUCGCGUUUCUCAUGGCUUACAAAGAGACAAAAUGUUUGAAACAUUUUGAAAGUUUCUGCAAAGUAAUUCAGUACACCUGGACUCAUUUUAAAGACGAUGAAAGUCAAGAAUGGUUUGGUUAUCUGAAUGAAAAAGGAGAAAUUACACACAGGUUUAAAGGAGGUCCAUUUAAAGGUUGUUUCCACGUGCCACGUGCAUUGUUCAUGUGCAGCAAGAUGAUAGAUGAAAUCAUAACAUUAAACUGUCAAGUUUAGCUGUGUAUUAGACUAUUAGCUAAGGUUUUAAUAAUGCAUUAUGACUUGAGUGACAUCUAUGUUUUUGUACAAUGUACAUAACUAGAAAUCAGUACAAAUCUUCAUCCCAAAUAAAGUU